CUUGUGGCGCCAAACGGGACGAUUCUGUAAAUUACAAUGCGAUUAAUAUUUAACAGUUGUAAUCUUUGCAGUUAUAAAUAGGAAAGCGUAGCGCGUGGCGUGUAUUGUGGAGCUGCAACGUCGAAAGUCGUGAGGUAAAGCUGUGGUCAACUCCGGUCAAGCUGUGGUCAUUUUACGAUGGCGAUACGCUUCCUUGUGCUGAUCACUGCUACUGUUCUUGCGUUCAGCAAGCUCGCCACUGCAGGUCCGUCGUACAACUUCUACGAUGAGAUAGCGCAGGCCGCCUGCACGGCAAUGAACACUAGGGCAGGAUGGGUGUACGCUGUGAGGAGGACAUGUAAUAGUUGGACCGUCCCUUGCCAGUAUAUCUGUUCUUCACCGAGUCUCGCAGCCCAGGAUCCACAAGUUAGCAGCAGGGGGUUGGAGUGCUUCAACUCCCUUCAUGUCUACCAAAAUCGACCUAUUCUUCCAUCUGACAUCCAAUCAGGCACUAAUAAACUGGGGCUGAAGAUUUACCGCUACCAGACGUGUUAUUAUGGCUCCUGUGGACCGAACUAUUGCUGCUGUCGUUCUAAAUAGAUGUACACGACCAUUGGAUGUCAACAUACAGGGUGUUCCUGAUGUUUGGGCAAAUAGACAUAAUGCAUGUUUACAUAGAGAACUUGAACAAUAUUUCCUGUUAUUGAAUUAUUAAUUAACACAUCUUCAUUUUCAACUUAUCUGACAAUGACUUUGAUGAGGAAGAAGAAUGUUAGCUGUGAAAAGAUGUGUUGCUGCCGUUGUUAACAAUAGAUCAUGACGAAAAAUCGACUUUGAAAUAAACAGCUUGAUUGUUUCAGAUAUAAUGAACUAAUACGGACUUUUCAACCGACUUUUCUAUCAAAGCCUCUUCUUUUACUGUCACCUGUCUGUCAAACUACCCUUUAUGCCAACCUAUAUAAACGGUCUUUGGUU